GUGUAGGAUAAUUCAACGUGUAGACGAACCCCGCUUGCUUUAAUGUCAUUUCCGCUCACAGGGGACGAGAAGAAAACUUCAAUAUACAUUUUGUAUAUGAAAAUAAAGCGACAGUAAACUGUUGAAUAAUAACUAUUUUUGAGUCUUUUUCAGAUAAAAUAAUGAAAUGGACGUUAAUGACAUAAUUUGAAAUAUAAAUAUUUUUGUAUAAAAUGUCUGAUUACAGAUCUAAACUGGAUGAUAUAAAAUUCCAUAAUUGGAUUAAAACUGGUUUGGCAUUACUGUACACAAAAGAGGGACUUCGUGAAAUUGUUUUAGAGGAAAUUAAAAAACUGCACAUCCUCCUCUGCGAAAAGAUAAAACCAUGUGACCAAAAUAGAUUUUGCAAACAAUUUAGAAAUGAAAUUUCUCAGGUACACAUGUACCAUAAUCCGUCUUGGAAAAAUACAGAUGCGAGGAAAUGGCACGACGAUUCUUGGCAAAUCGCUAAGUGUUUUAUGCCGAUGGAAGGGUAUAAGGAUAAACAUUCAUUUAUGGAAACUGAUUUCAAUGGAAUCAUAAGCGUAAUAAUAAAUUACAAAGGAUUCCAAAACAUAUUGAAGGAGGACUUGACACAGAAAGGCAAUGCAUUUGAAAAGGCAAGACGUAUUUCAAGACAGUUUCGGCAUUCAGCGACGUUUGAAGUAUGUGACGAUGAAUUUACAGAAUACUCACGUAUUCUAGAAAUGAUACUUACAGACCCAAAGUAUUUAUCAUCAAAUGAAUCAGCAAAAGCAGCCUUGCAAAAUAUAGCAAAGUUGAAAGACGGGUCAUUAACAAUAACUUCCGAUGUAAAAGAUGUAGGAUCGUUGUUCAAUGAAUUCAAUGAAAACAACGUUUCAGUUAUGGGUAAUAGAAUGUUUUGCCAGGCUAUGGAGCACUUGUCUAACAAACUUGACGAUGUAAAAAGUGCAAUCGAGCAACUAAAGAUGCCAUUUUGCUAUUUGCUAUCGUUACAAGAUUUUGCCAAACGCCUUAUUGAAGUAUAUCAAGAUGAGUUUUCGACAUUACCGAUUUCUGCUUUGAUAGAAGAAGAAGAUACUCAACUGAUAGAGUUUUUUGUUAAACCAUCUUUAAAGCAAGUUGAUCAUCAUAAUGUCAAUUGCAAAGGUGCAAUUGUUAAAUCAUAUAAAGAUAUCUUUUCCAAAAGUGGACAACUUUGUAGAAAUAUUUAUAUCACGGGAGAGGCCGGAAUAGGUAAAACAGCAUUCUGUCAACGAAUGGUUUUGGCAUGGUGCCAUGCUAGAUCAGGUGAAACAGAAAAUCACAACUUUCUGAAAGAGGAUAUUGAUGCUUUAAAACAAUUCAAUUUUUUGUUUUACGUUUCCCUUAGAGAAACAAGAUUAUGUCACGUGAAACAGAUGAUUGAACAACAAUUGCAAGCAUUAGCGAAUGCUGAUGAAAUUGCACAAAUCUUAGAAAACGAAGUUUGCUUAAUUAUUCUGGAUGGACUUGAUGAAUGGACUCACCCAACAAUGCAGGAUACAUGUCCAAAUAAUCAAAAGCUGCCACAUCGUCUGCCGUCCAAGAAUUGCAUUUUUAUCACUACAACUAGGCCGUGGAAGCUAGAAGGUAAUCGGUUAAAGACAAAAGAAAUUGACCAACAGAUCGUAUUAACUGGACUGGAUCAACAAGCCCGUGCCCAGCUAACCAUUUCGGUUAUCGAGCAUUUAAACAAGAAGUUAGAUGUUUCAAGGGAUCCAAAAGCUUUCAAAAAAGAAGUUGCAUUAAACAAAUUAGAUACAGUCUGUGAAGUUCCAAUCAUAUUGAUGCAGUUAAUUUGUGUUUGGUUCGAUGAAUUGACACUCGGCAAAUCAAGAUGUUGGAUAUACGGCGAAACGAUCGAUAUGCUUUUCAAAAGGGUUUCCGAAAACAAAGAUGGUCAAUGCGCAAACCGUGCAUAUCUAAAUGAGACGCAGACUCAAGACGGUUUCAAUCGAAAUCUUCCAAAGUGCUUCAACUCGUUACAAAAUAUUUUAAUACACAAGUCACUUCUUUACAAGAUAGGUAAUUUAGCGUUUCAUGGUCUUUUUGGGAAUAAAGACGGAGAAUCAGAAUUAAUCUUUGAAAGUGCCAGCGGUAAAAUUUACGAUAUAUCAGAAGCAGAAAUGAAUAAUUUGCUGUCUGUAGGUAUCUUAUCAAAGAAUAAAGUUGUUGGAACGCUCUUGAAACGAAAACUGAGGCUCAGCUUUCUUCAUAAAAGCUACCAGGAGUUCUUUGCAGCACUCUACAUUGCCAUGCAGGAAGAUGUAGCUUUCGUUGAAAACAAAAUAUUUACCACUUGUAAAACUUUAAGGAUGUUUCUUAGGUAUGAAAAUAUGUUUAUCUUUCUGUCAGGUAUGUGUCCAGAACUUGUUUUAAAGCUAGAUGCAAAGAUAAAAGAUAUGUUACUUUCAGAUGCACAAAUCCGUACAUACAGGUCUUUUGCAGACUACAAAUUUGGAUUUGUUGUUAUGCUACCACCGUUUAGCAUAAUAACAGAUCCUAAAUUCAGCGACGUUAGGGAUGCCGAAAGGUUAUUGCAAUCGUAUCAAACACUUGCUUUACAAUGUCAAGAGGAAAGUCAGCGGACUGUCGGAAGAGGUGUACUUUUGCCUCUUGAAGACUUUUUCUUACCAGAAACAUAUUCUGAUAAUCUUCGGUCACUUUUUGAAUCAAACAAAGGUAUCCUGAAGUCUAUAGCAACUGAAAAAUAUCACGACGAUCUGCUUGAGAUAAAGAAUGUUAAAAAGAUAUCAAUACAUUUCCCAGAUGAUGAAUGUUCCUUUGACAAAGACAUGGAAAAAUAUAUGAGUUGCAUGAAUUCUUCGAUAGAAACUUUAACAUGCAUAUCCAUUUCAAAUGCUCGCGGCAUGUUUAAUUUGGUCGAGUUGUUGUUUCCUAACUUAACCUCUAUAGACCUGUACAAUAUUUCACUUAAACACCAAGAACUUACGGAUCUAUUUGCAUUCAUAUCGGAAAAAUCAGAUUUGAUCCAAAUAUUGCUUUUUCAAAUAAGAUGUUACGAGCAUAAAGAAUGUACGGGAAGCAGUCUCAACUUGUCGCGUCACGAGAAACUCAACUUUUUACGUCUACAUCAUGUGUACGAGUAUGGACAACACGAAACAAGAGUAAAUUGCACAAGUCUUGGCACUUUGAUAUUUGAGGACUGUAGUACAGCUACUCAUAAAACAUCUGCAUUACUGCUCGAUAUCAGAAAUGCACCAGAACUGUUUGAAUUGACACUAUUAGGAAUCUCAUCAGAUGACACGUUCAAUACCCUUUUGUUGAUUCUUCCAUCACUCAAAAAACUUAAGAGAUUAUCAUUAUAUAACUGUGAUUUUGGAGACAGACAUGUAGAAUUGGAUGCAGAAUCCCAAGGAAAAAUCGAAAGGAUAUGUUUACUGAAUUCGACCAUGACUUUAGAUUCUUUUGAAAAAUUUGUUGACAGUAUUCCGUUAAAUACGGAUAGUGUUAUUUCGGUUCACAUGCAGAGUUGCAAGUUAAAUAUCGGAGAUAAAGAGACAUCAGCACAAGAAGGUGUUGAAGCAGCAACCCUCUACGUGAAAUCAAAACCAAACUUCCUUGUCGUCGUUUGUGAACCUUUUAAAUUUCAUUUUAAGGCAUCAAGUAGACCCCAUUAAUAAAUCCUUGUGACAGAUAUGAUACCAAUACGUGCAAUCGUUGUUCUCGCUUCAUUUUGUUCCAAUAGGAAGUCUUUGAUGAAUACAUUUCCGCUGCAUCCACUGCAUAUUUUCAUAAGUUGGAGGAAUACUCCAACAUAUCUCAGUAAAUAUCAGCCUUUAAUUAAUGGCAGAAAACUUUCGUGGUGACAAGUUAAGUUCUGAUAUGAGUAAACAUUAUCAUGAAUGAUUAUUUAGUAUGUUUGCCUUAUUGUUCGGUUUGCAAUAAAAUGAUAAUGCUAUUAAUUUUCUACGAGCGCCAAAUUCUAGUUAUUAAGGAAGGUGCGUCUUCGUCUUAUUACGGGUUUUAAUACACAUUUAUGUUUGAUAAAAUUAUUAAUAGUAUAUGAAA